AUGUCCCCGGAUGAAGACAGGACAACAAAAGCGCCAAGAAAACAACCAACAGAAACAGCGUUUGUAACAAGAGACAAGACCACGCCCAGACAACCGGAAAUACCAACAGACAUAUUCGAAGAGCCUGAAGCAACACAGCAACCUUUCACGGGCACACCAGGCCAGACAGUUGACACAGAGGCGCCAGAUGCCACUGACAGGUUUACAGUACGCUCAGGAGAACCAGGGGUAACCGAUGAAUACGUUGUUGAGACCGAGCCCACCAAAAAGACCCGUGCAACUCCAAGGCAACCGGAACAAACAGCAGCGCCCGAAGCCUUUACCACGGAAGAGGAAGAAGAGACUGACGAGUAUUUCAGGGAGACAACCAGCUCAGGAGAACCAGGGGUAACCGAUGAAUACGUUGUUGAGACCGAGCCCACCAAAAAGACCCGUGCAACUCCAAGGCAACCGGAACAAACAGCAGCGCCCGAAGCCUUCACCACGGAAGAGGAAGAAGAGACUGACGAGUAUUUCAGGGAGACAACCAGCGUGCCCAGACGGCCACAACCUUUCACGGGCACACCAGGCCAGACAGUUGGCACAGAGGCGCCAGAUGCCACUGACAGGUUUACAGUACGUACAAGACGACCCGCUGAAAAGAAAGAGAAGACGACGGCUCCCUUGGCGGUGACUGGCAUCAAAGUUCCCAGAGACUUGGUUUUGAUUCUUGACUCAUCCGACAACGUUUCUCCAGACGACUUUGAAAACAUGAGAGUGUUUGCCAGAAGAAUAGUCGAAUCCUCAGACAUUGACGGCUCAGGAGAACCAGGGGUAACCGAUGAAUACGUUGUUGAGACCGAGCCCACCAAAAAGACCCGUGCAACUCCAAGGAAACCGGAACAAACAGCAGCGCCCGAAGCCUUCACCACGGAAGAGGAAGAAGAGACUGACGAGUAUUUCAGGGAGACAACCAGCGUGCCCAGACGGCCAUUAUCCUCGGGAGACCGUAAAGAUGUGCCAGAUGUUGCUGUAUUGGUGACAGGCGGAGAACAACCUUUCACGGGCACACCAGGCCAGACAGUUGGCACAGAGGCGCCAGAUGCCACUGACAGGUUUACAGUACGUACAAGAAGACCCGCUGAAGAGAAAGAGAAGACGACGGCUCCCGUGGCGGUGACUGGCAUCAAAGUUCCCAGAGACUUGGUUUUGAUUCUUGACUCAUCCGACAACGUUUCUCCAGACGACUUUGAAAACAUGAGAGUGUUUGCCAGAAGAAUAGUCGAAUCCUCAGACAUUGACGGCUCAGGAGAACCUGGGGUAACCGAUGAAUACGUUGUUGAGACCGAGCCCACCAAAAAGACCCGUGCAACUCCAAGGAAACCGGAACAAACAGCAGCGCCCGAAGCCUUCACCACGGAAGAGGAAGAAGAGACUGACGAGUAUUUCAGGGAGACAACCAGCGUGCCCAGACGGCCACAACCUUUCACGGGCACACCAGGCCAGACAGUUGGCACAGAGGCGCCAGAUGCCACUGACAGGUUUACAGUACGUACAAGGCGACCCGCUGAAGAGAAAGAGAAGACGACGGCUCCCGUGGCGGUGACUGGCAUCAAAGUUCCCAGAGACUUGGUUUUGAUUCUUGACUCAUCCGACAACGUUUCUCCAGACGACUUUGAAAACAUGAGAGUGUUUGCCAGAAGAAUAGUCGAAUCCUCAGACAUUGACGGCUCAGGAGAACCUGGGGUAACCGAUGAAUACGUUGUUGAGACCGAGCCCACCAAAAAGACCCGUGCAACUCCAAGGAAACCGGAACAAACAGCAGCGCCCGAAGCCUUCACCACGGAAGAGGAAGAAGAGACUGACGAGUAUUUCAGGGAGACAACCAGCGUGCCCAGACGGCCAGGAUUAUUGACGUAUGGCAGAAAAACAGACAUUCCUUUCCAGAUGAAUCGAAGAGGAAUUUCUGUCUACGGUGUUGGAGUAGGUCUGACUAACACCCGUGGAGACCGUAAAGAUGUGCCAGAUGUUGCUGUAUUGGUGACAGGCGGAGAAGGAGACCGUAAAGAUGUGCCAGAUGUUGCUGUAUUGGUGACAGGCGGAGAAUCCAGUGUGAAUACUGAGUGGGUUGUCCCUGCCGCUAGAACUGCUCGUCAAAGAGGAAUUUCUGUCUACGGUGUUGGAAUAGAAAGCAGGAAGCCUGCGGAAGAAAUCAGCACUGAUCUGCCCGGGAAGACUCUUCCAACAAAGAUGCUCCCCGAGGAGAAGGAAUCCCUUGAACCAAGAGAAACAACGACAGCUAAAGCCAGACCAAUCGUAACUCUGACUGAGGCGUCCCAGCCAGCAGCAACACCAACUGUUCAAACUGCUCGUCAAAGAGGAAUUUCUGUCUACGGUGUUGGAGUAGGUCUGACUAACACCCGUGAGCUCAGGGAAGUAGUUAGCCAACCAGUUGGAGACUACAUAUUUACGGUUAGACGUAGCCAGUCCUUGCCUGAUGUUCAGGACCCACUGAUUUCAGCAGUGUUUGGAGGCUCAGGAGAACCUGGGGUAACCGAUGAAUACGUUGUUGAGACCGAGCCCACCAAAAAGACCCGUGCAACUCCAAGGCAACCAGAACAAACAGCAGCGCCCGAAGCCUUCACCACGGAAGAGGAAGAAGAGACUGACGAGUAUUUCAGGGAGACAACCAGCUCAGGAGAACCUGGGGUAACCGAUGAAUACGUUGUUGAGACCGAGCCCACCAAAAAGACCCGUGCAACUCCAAGGAAACCGGAACAAACAGCAGCGCCCGAAGCCUUCACCACGGAAGAGGAAGAAGAGACUGACGAGUAUUUCAGGGAGACAACCAGCGUGCCCAGACGGCCAAUGAUGUUGCGGAGAUAA